AUGGUCAAAAACUCUGAAUUGAUAGGCAAACAAGCUCCCCCACUUGAAUUGCCAAGUAUACCAAAUGGCGAUUUGUACAAAUUACCUAUUGGUGAAAAGCCAAUAGCUCUAUUCUUUUUCCCUGCUGCGAACACACCAGGGUGUACCAAAGAAGCAUGUUCGUUCAGAGAUGCUCAAACCCAGAACAUCGUAUUUAAACGGAGUCCCAAUUUGUUGGUAGUGGGUGUAUCAGGUGACGCAACCACCAAACAAUCCCUUUUCGCCGACCAAUACAAUCUCCCUUACCCCAUACUUUCCGACGUCGAUAACUCAGCUAGGAAAUUAUACGGUGUAGGAAAAGCUUUUUUGGGUUUGACGCCAGGACGGGAAACUUUCUUUAUCGAUGAGAAAGGGAUUGUUAAAGGUGUAUGUGAUAAAGCUUUGGAUGUCAAUGCCCAUAUCAAAUUCGUAGAACAGCAAUUAUUGGAUAUAGAAAAAUCACAAGCUUCCCAAGCUGGGCAUACCGACUAA